AUGGUUAGCCCGAGGAAGCUCAUCAAGAUGGUGGGUGAGGCAAAGAUCUCAUUGCUCAGUGGUGGAGAUGACGGUGGUGGCAGCUCUCGGAGGACAUCGGUGGCUCGAAAGGGCCACUUCGCCGCGUACACGAGGGACGGGCGGCGUUUCCUGAUCCCGAUAGCUUAUCUCAACAGUAGCGUCUUCAAGGAGCUGCUCCGGAAGUCGGAGGAGGAGUUCGGGCUGCCGGUCGGCGACAGCCGCAUCACGCUGCCGUGCGACGCGGCGUACAUGGAGCACGUCGUGGCGUCGCUCAGAGACGCAUCCCUCAAGAGGUGGAACAAGCCUUGUGCGGCUCCCUUACUCCCCACCGGUGCCGCUUCUUGCUCGAUCGACAUGACUCGGAAGAAGCGUGCACUGCUUCGCCAUGGCUGA